AGCUCCUGGCAGGGGAUCUUAUGUUUUUGACAUCGCCCUCAUUGAAGCCCUCAUCGUCCUUCUUUUGUUAGAUGAAUGAAAAUCAGUAUCAGUAGACGAGGACUGAAGAAAUUUGACCACGAACAACCAUGAUGUCUACUUCCUAUUCUCAAGUGGGUCACUAGGUAAAGAUUUUUACAGAUAGUUCUAGUUUUUUUCCUCACAUUAUUUAGUGAAACACUUUAUAUAGCCAAUAUAACCUACCAAAGAAUCAAAACCAUGUCGUCGUUUCGUUCGUUCCAUGGUUUGGACUCGGAGUCCGAAUUGGCAACGCGAGAUGACGACUUGCAUUCCGUGUCUACGUGGAAAGUGGGUGGCACUGGCCUCCAUGCUGGUGAGGACUUGCUGGGUGGUGAAAGGUUGGAGGUGGUAGACGAAUUCGAUGAGGAUGAUCCGGAGGAGAUAUUGUGUGAGGUAAUAUGAUUUUCACCCUGGUGUGGUAAUAAAGCACCUUGUUGUACUACUAGUAGAGUUGAAAUAUAAUAUAUAUAAGGUUGACAAAUAUCCGCCUGAGUUCCGCCUCCACGCACUCAAAACAAAAGCAUUGAAAUGAUCUUCUCCAAGGUAGCAGGAAAUAUUUUGAUUUCACAAAUUUCUUCUUUUUCCACAACAACAACUUUUUCUUCUUUCUCCACGUCCAAACAGGAAGCUGCCGCAACUCACGCUUGUCGCUACUGCCUAGCUGCCAAUCCGGAAUGCGUAGUGAAGUGCAAUGUGUGUAAUAAGUGGUUCUGUAACGGUACUAGUGGCACUGGUGGUAGCCACAUCGUGAACCAUUUAGUGCGCGCGCGGCACAGAGAAGCGGCGCUGCAUCCGGACGGGCCACUCAAGGACACAGCUUUAGAAUGCUAUUGUUGCGGAUCGAGGAACGUCUUUCUUCUAGGCUACGUGCCGAAAAAAGAAGACUUCGUAGUGGUUCUGAUUUGCCGAGAACCGUGUCUGGUGAAUCAGGCGUUUAAAGGUACUGAGGCUUACGCACUACUUAGUUUGUUUUUCAUGGUGCUUAUACUUUCUGUUUAGCUAGCUAGACCGACAUUUCUGACUAAGUACUAGUCAUUCCCAUUUCCUUCCACCUCGAUGCCGCCUCUCAUUCCCAUCUUACACACAGAUUCCCAGUGGGAUCUGAAUCAAUGGGAGCCUUUGAUUCAGAACCGGAUGUUUUUGUCCUGGCUAGUAAAGGAGCCUGUAGUUGGUGGCCAUGGUGCGGAACGAAGGAGGGGGAUUACUAUGACCCAAAUCAGUCGUCUAGAGGAGCUGUGGAAAACCCAGCCAACGGCGACUUUGAAAGAUAUGGAGCGUGGUGGUGUAGCCGUAGAGGGGGAAGAGGAAGAAACGAGAAGCGUAUAUAGAAUUUUUUAGAUGUUCUACUUGAUUGUUAUUUAGUUAGGUCUGCUCCACCGGCUUUAUCGGAAGACUAGCAGACGGAAAGGCACCAGGGCCCGACGGGAUCCUCCACGAGCUGUGGCGCGUGCCGCUCCGUGCAUCCUUGGCGCGGUUGGUGGGUCUCUCCCUCGGAGACGUGGGCCCCAUCGCUGCGCUGCGUGAGUUAUGCUAUGCGUGCGUGUUUUCCGACAACGCUCCCGGAAGUGGUCGCACUGUGCUGCCGUACGGGUUGCGCCGUGCUUUCAAUGUGCACCACGACCCGGCCACGCUCAUCACUGCGGCCAUUUCCUAUCAGGCUGACGGUGAGAAGCGCGGCCCAGUAAGCGCCGGGCAAGACGUCGCCAACGGCGAAGCGAGGCAGGGCGCCGGAUGCUUCUAGCACUUCAGAGGCGCCGGACAAGACGCCGCCAACAGCGAAGCAAGGCGCAGGCAUCUGGCUGGGCGCGCUAUGGGGGCCGACAACACCCCCCGACAAGGGUGCCGCGAAAUGUAUAAGCUCGCGAAGCAGCAGCGUCCCGCCGGAGUGGUCUCCACUUGGGCUCAUAACUCUGAACACCGUAAGAGCACAGCGGCACAGUUAUCGUCUAGGGUAUAGAUUUGAGCAGAAGAGAAGACGGGGGAUAUGGUUCGCGCUUCAAGAUGCCGGGGAGAAAAAGCAACGAAGAAGCACGCCGGGGCUGCCACGCUGGCAAAGUGGAAGGAGCUAAGAAAGGGGGGCGCCUCGGCGUCUGUGAGACCACGAGGCGCAGCAAUCGGGCCCAAGAAGUUAAGCAGUGAGCGGAGGGCAGUUGUGAGGCUGUUGCGCAUGGGGCAGAACUUAAGAGAUGGCCCAAGGGUGCCCAUGCGUAUGCUAAUGCUCUUGGGUCCUUGCAGCAACCUGAGAGACUUGGACACACAUGAAAAAGGUGCAGACUUUGACACACGUGAAAAAUAAGCAGAAACCUCGCGAACCUUAUAGAUGCACCACACUAAAGAAAACUUUAGGAGGGGGGUGGCUGAUACUUAUCGCCACUAACAUGCACCACCGUCAUAGACGGCCAGAAUGGCUGUCCUUUGGCUUUCGUGUUUUGCUUUUGACUCUGAAGAACUUGGAAAUCGUCAAAGCCCACGCAAUAAAGCCAGGCACUCUUAGAGUGGCGUGCGCCUACUCUCGACCCCCCUCCUUUUUUAUUUUUUUUCCACCCUCGGAAUUCAUUUCAACAGACCCGGGCGCGCUCUCGUAAGGAGGACCGCAGCGAAGGCGAAACGCUGCGCAACCUCGGUCGCCGUAUCCAUGUAAACGCUUGGGGUGUUUCCUCGGCUCGCGCUGUGCUUAGCAUGUUCGGGAUUCCUGCUUCUGACUCUGCGCGCACAUAUCGCGGGGCACCUGCGUGGCCCCUCUGAUAUCAGGGCCCAAACUGACAAAGAGGCGGCAAAGCUGUGCGCGGGUUCAUAGUGUAACCAGGGUGGUGGGGAUAAGCAUCGCCAAAGUGCUGAGUCUACUGCAGGGACGAGCCAGUCUCUCAGCCUCGUCCGGCGAGGACAAAAAGUCUGCGCCUGGUAGUGUCCACGAGUGCGAGGAGGUUUUGCGCACGCAACUGAGUCACCACGCUGACGCAGUCAGGGAGGAGGCGCGUGCGCGUUUGAUCGAACACUGCAGGGAAGUCGCCAACCGCAAACAAAUCUCGAAGAUCUGCGACGCGAUAGUUUGUGGCGAGGGAGGCAACGUCUGUUGGGCAAGGAAUUCGCUCCGUGGCUUGUUCUUCGACGCUUUGACUAGGGAGGUGGCGUGUUUGCUGGCUAAGGUUGCGCCAGACGCAGACGAGAGCGGUUGCCAAGUGAUGACUACUGCCGCAGAAAGACUCUCAAAGUGCCUCCCCAGUAUUGCAGAGGCGUUCACGCAUGUAGUGGCGCAGGACUGGGAAAGUCUCCCAGGGUUUCUUCGCCCCUUUCGUCUUCGAGAAGAAGAGCCUGGAGAAGAUGAGUUCGCGGCUCCACCGAGGAAGAGGAAGAAGGCGGCAGACGCGACGAUCGACGCCAAGCGCGGCGCAUGAAUUUCUUGGGCAAGUUCGUUGCCGAUGGGGAUGCGAAGAAACACAACCAGCAUGCGUGAAGUUUACACAUAAGACAGGAAGGAUGAUCAGAACGCCCAGUGUUGCCCUCACACGAGAGAAACGCGGCUGAUCUUAAACGGACACAACGCGCAUAGGUCAUUUGUGAAACCACUACUGGGAGUCCUUUUCUAUACCUUACAGUACCAGAGCGACGACACAGUCGCAGGAUGCACCUGUCCCUCACCUAUCUUGUUUCAGACGACAGCUGGGCACCUCCAUCGCAGAGCUGCAGCUUCAGGCUUUUAGGUCGUGUGUUCGCGUGUGCUGGUGCCGAGUGAGGAGCUUGCACGUGGUUGAACCAUGUCGGCGAGCACGCUGCGAGUAGCCUAGUACCCCUGUCAUGCGCUCCAUGCGUCCGCUUAAUAGCAGCCCCCGUAGCAGCGACGGCCAGGCUUCUGGCCGGUGAAGUCUGGCAAAGCGAUCGUUGGCCGAUGACGUUUUGCCCGAUCUGUUGCGCACUAGAAAACCCGCCUGCUUCGUUGCUGGAGUUUUUUCCCCCGCUAGUCUGGAACACGCGCGCGCGUGGCGGUCGGCCCCGAGUUCCCGUGGAGACUGAACACGGGCGACAUCCCUGCGCUGCAGUAUCGUGGGAGGCCCCACGCGUUGAAGGGUCCCCCUACAUACAGACACUCACAUUGGGGGCGCUUGCCUUGCGAUUGACUUUUUUGCGCGAUUGAAAAGAGCCGACUUGUCAUGCGGUUCAUGCUCUUCCAGAGAUGGUUUUCGAAUAAAGCAACCACAGACAAAAACUAUCCCUCGUCUUCACACAGGUAACACUGCGAUACGAAGAUGCUUACACGUAUCAGCAUAUUUUUGCGCCACUGGUGAAGAUGGAGGCCGAUUAUGAUAAGAGGAUGAAGGAAUCACAGUCACAGCAGAAUCGAACAGUGCGAUGGGAUGUUGCGUACUCUACUUUUAUUUUGUUGCUUGCUGUUAUUGAUAUUUUUCAAGGCGGACGAAGUAGAUGUCAAAAUUAUUCGUCUGAAAUCUGGAACACCUCUUAGCAUUCUUAUCUGCUUAAUAACAGUUUUCUUAUCUCCCCACACAAACAACCAAACAGGUUGAACAAGAAGCGAAUUGCGUAUUUCCACACUUUUACGAGUGAGACGAAUGACAUUCGCCUGGUAGCAGGGGAUGAAUUGCGACUGAAGCAUCAGGCUGGUCUUCACGGUCAACCAUGGGAGUGCCAGGGAACAGUGACGAAGAUUAACAGGUACAACUGAUAUGCCUUUUCAUGCAUGGUAGGCGGGUCACCCCUUCCUUUUUACAAGUGAAAUCAGAUACCUUCCUUUAUGAUUGACAUGAUUGGCAUUCCCUUUUACAAGUGAAGUUACACCACGAUGAAACUCGAAUUUUAAUCUGCGUGAAAACUGAUGCUGAAAGAGAAUAUCACCAAUCCUCACAUUCUCUAUUCCUUUCCCAGUCAUCACCUUUCCUCAUCUUUACCACGUCUUCCUCCCAACCCCUCUCUUUCAGCCAAGAAGAAGUAGCUCUAGAAUUGCGACAUGAUGGUAAGACUCGAGGCGCCGGUCCGUGGGAGCAGGAAAUCACGGAGGGGUUUACUGUGGAAUUCGUCUGGAAAUCAACCAGCUUUGACCGUAUGCAGACAGCAAUGAGGACAUUCGCUGUGAAUGAAACGAGCGUUAGUGGGUACUCUAUGCUAUGAAAUUUGAGUACUAGUUUUCUCAUCCUUACUUACUAGCGUGGUAUACAAAUACAUCUUUCCUCCAGCUGCACAUUAAUGAAGACCCCCUUGAUCAUUCUCAGGUACCUCUACCACCGUCUUCUUGGCCACGAACCCGAGCCGCAAGAAAUCCGCCAGUGGGUGCACGCCAAGCACCACCAAGCCCCCAACCUCCCGCAGUUGAAUCACUCCCAGACUUAUGCGGUCAAGAAGGCCCUGACGUCCCCACUGCAGUUGAUCCAAGGACCACCUGGUACCGGUAAAACUGUCACCUCUGCCACCAUCGUCUACCACAUGUGCAGAAAUGCCCAGGAGCACUGUCGCUUAGAAGGCAUCUCCCCUCAACACGCGCAGGUCCUAGUCUGUGCACCCUCCAAUAUCGCGGUGGACCAACUAGCCGAAAAACUGCACAAAACUGGACUUUCGGUAGUAAGAGUAGUAGCAAAAUCCAGGGAACACAUCGCGACCAACGUGGAAUACCUGUGUUUGCACAGGCAGAUUGCACAUUUGGAUACUGCGGAUAACAGGCAGUUGCAGAGGAUAGCAGCGCUGAAAACUCAGGCUGGUGGAGAGCUGAACCAAGAGGAUGAAAAGGCUUAUCGGCAGUUGACACAGAAAUGCGAGAAACUACUUUUGUUCUCGGCGAAUGGUACAGUCUUUUAUUGUUAGAGAUGAGUAGAAAUCAUGGUAGUACAAAACGUUGCAACUAUAGAUCAUCCUAGUAGAAGUAACAAACGUUGCAACUAUAGAGCAUCAACUCAAUCAAGGAUGAAGUGCAUCAGUACAGAAAAAUUAGAUUCAUCCAAAAACAUCUUCAACUUCUUAAAUUCAUCACCGAAAAACCCACUUACCACAGUGAUCUGCACGACUUGUGUCGGUGCUGGCGACGCUCGGCUGCAGCAGAUGCGCUUUCGGCAAGUGCUUAUCGACGAAAGCACGCAAGCGACAGAACCAGAAUGUUUAAUUCCGAUUAUGAAUGGCGCCAAACAGGUCGUCUUAGUUGGCGACCACUGUCAGUUGGGUCCAGUGAUCAUGUGCAAGCGCGCAGCCAAAGCAGGCUUACAUCAGAGCUUGUUUGAGCGUCUGGUGCACUUGAACGCACGACCGAUUCGAUUAGAAGUGCAGUAUCGUAUGCACCCUUGUCUGUCGGAGUUUCCCUCGCACAGUUUCUACGAUGGAAGUUUGCAGAAUGGAGUAACGCUGAAGGAGAGAACCUAUCCAGAUAUGGGCGGCUUCCCGUGGCCAAGACCAAGCAUGCCCAUGUUCUUCUACAACUCUACAGGCUUGGAGGAGAUAUCGGUGUCUGGAACAUCCUACCUGAAUCGAACGGAAGCGAGCAACAUCGAGAAGAUCAUUGCCUACUUCUUGAAGGCGCGGAUUCAGGCGCACCAGAUCGGCGUAGUGACGCCAUAUGAGGGACAGCGGGCAUACAUCACCACAUUACUUUAUGAUGACGACUGGAGAAUGAAAUUGAAAUAAAGGAGCUGCAAAAACUACGAAGAUCUUGUUGCGAUAAUCAAUGAAGUAUCGCGAAAUUGCUAUUAGAUUUUAAUCUUUAUCAACACUUCUAGAUGAUAAAGAUGCCUUAUUAGUCCACGAGGUCAUCGCUCGGCCUGACCACUUCUAUUCCCAAAAGAAGCUUCUAAUUCCCGCAGCGUUCAGCCUUGACGUUGAACAAUCGUGGCUUUGAGGAAGUGGAGGUCGCUUCCGUAGAUUCCUUCCAGGGUCGUGAAAAGGAUUUCAUCAUCCUUUCUUGCGUCAGAAGUAAUUCCAAUCUCGGCAUUGGAUUUCUCAGUGAUCCACGACGUCUCAACGUGGCCUUGACGCGUGCCAAGUAUGGUUUGGUCAUCUGCGGGAACGCCAAGGUCUUGGGGAAGGUGUACAAGGGCGCGUCUCUGUGGCUGCACUUAUUGACGCACAUGAAGAAGUCAGAUCUGAUCGUCGAAGGCGCGUUGGCGAAUCUGAAGCCCAGUUCUCUGCAGCUAGAACCACUGCCGGGUCGGUGGCAAGGAGGAAUGUCCUCGAGCAUGCCGGGAUACGGCAGCAGCAGUGCAGGUUACAACGCCAACGGCAGCAACGGCGCUUUCCUGGGCGGCGGAGGUGGAAGUGCUAACUACGGCAAUGGCGGUCUCGGUCUCGCAAGUCUAGGAGGUGGUGGAUCGUCUUCGCAUCACAACAGCAGCUACGGAGGUGGACAAGGUCAUGCCAAUGUUAAGGCCCAAAACUUAAUUCACAUUUUCAAACUAUUUCCUCACUUUUCUUCUUUCCUUAUUUUCGAGAAAUCAUCUUUGCAGCAACAAUCCGAAGAAAUGUAGUAAAUGAAUUACUUUAUAAUCUCUAAUAAUGGAGGUAGCGCAACAGGAAAUGGAGCCUACGGUGGUUACAGUACUGGGGGCUAUGCUGGCGGUGGAUAUGCUGGAAACUUCGUGGACGGACUGAUACAAGCUCCGAGGAGUUACCUUAAUCAAGCGACUUCAAUCGGCCAAUGGUAA